AUGAGUGACGAGGCCAAGUACAGUCUGCAGACGUUUGCACGUGACGCUGCAAGGGUCCACUGCUGCCGCAGCAAUCCUAACGCCAGGCGCAGCCCGACCGUCAACCUCGGUGACCUCACUGUCGCUGCGUGGCCUCUCUCGACCGAGACCGUGGCGGCGCUUGUGGCCACAUACCCCAAGCGCGUGCCGGCCAAGGACGUGACGAUCCACAAUUACCACUUUUUCCGCGGCGAUUUCUUCGUCGACUCGACCAUCCUCGGCGCGCUGGAUCCAGCGCCAGACGACAGCAAUUAUUUCUCGAUGGCGUACAAGCCGACGCUGGCGCAUUUCGCAAUCGACUUGACCGGCGACGCAUCGACGUUGACGCCAACAACCCGACCGCCUCCCCACACCUUUGCGACGGUCGUGUACUUUUUUCCGUCCACCUGCGUCGGCGGCGCCGUCACGAUCUCGGACGACGACUGGACGACGACGUUCGAGGCGCUUGACGGGUGCUUUCUCUCGUUCUACAGCACGUGUAAUGUGACGGUCGCGCCCAUCACGUCCGGACACCGGUCCAUUGCCGUGUAUUACGCUGCGUACGACCUGGGCGAAUCCGGGUGGCACGAUACCGUGCCCAAGGCAUGGUUCGCGCCGCGGCCGCUGCCGUCAAUCCAAGAGCUCCAGGACGUUGCUUGCCACUACGACCAUGAAGGGUCCAUUGGCGUUGCGAUCGGGCUCGAGACACGCAGCUCGACGUUUGAUUCGCUCAAUGGUCGUGACAAGGCGAUCGUCGAUCGGCUGCUGGCCGCCGACGUCUUUGACAUUGCACUUGUGCGAACGGGCGACGACGAUAAGAAACACACCGACGCCAAUGCAGCGCUGCCCGAGACUUUUCACCCCUUGUGUGGAACCCCGGCGCUCGUCCAAGAGAUCUAUGAGCAGACGCCAAUCAGCGAGUUUGCCGCCGACACGGACGAGUUCGAGGCGCCCGGCUGCUUUCUUCUCGUGUGGCCCAAAGCGGCACGCGUGCACAUUCUGGGCUACAACCGCUUGAUUGCACUCUUGCGCGCCAACAUGGACGUGGACGUCCUCGGCUUCGGAUCGCUCCAUAGCGUCUUGACAGCGGCCUUCCGGUACUUCUACCCGCGCCCCCGGGACAACGAUGGUCGGGGCAGUUCAUUGGAUGGUUCAGGAUUCCAAUUGCAGGAACCAGAAAGUCCGGGCCCCGACCGAAUCACAAGCAAGAUGGCAUCUUUGCUUUACGAACACGGCGACCUACGACUCAUUGAGACGUUUUUGGACGUUCACAACCAGUGGGCCGACGACGAGACCAUGGCCAACUGGAUUGUCGCGGUGCUUCGACGCUUCGGCGCGUCUAUUUUCCAGCACCGACUCCAAACCGCCAACGUCUCGCGCUCCUUUGUGGCUCAAGUGGUGCAUCUCGCGACCGCCGGCGACGUCGUCGCGCAAUCGAUCGCAAGCGACUGUAUCCGACUGUGGUGGCCGCGUCUUAUGUCGAACCUCCUCCGCAAGACCGUCCGCGAUGCUCCGAUGCAAGUUUGCCGUAUGUUUGAUAUCGAGACGUAUAUGCUGACGCACCCGAUGGAUCUGACGGCGUCGAUGUAUCUUCGUCGGUACCUGCCCGAGGCUCUCGUGCGCAAGGUGGCCGCGUACCUCGUCGCGCCGCCCGUGUCGCUUGCAGACGCAUUGCGAGGCUCUGCCCACCUCGCUGGCUACCUCCCCGCCGUCAUAUGGCCGCACCGAAACGCGCUAAGUCACGCGCGUGCGGCUUCGUGCAUUGAAGUGGCGACUGAGUAUUUGUGCGCGCCCGGAGGGCACAUCCACUUCUCGACAGGCCACGCACCGAGCCUCGUGUACCUGGCGCUGCUGACGGCCGGAACACCCGCCUUUGCGAAAGUCGACGCCGCCGUGCAAAAGCUGCGGCGCUAUGCCGUGUUUACGUCCGAGUGCGCGGGCCUGGACACGGCGUCGUUGAGUACGAUGGAAGCGCUCGUCUUGAACGAGUACAUGCAGCCCAAGCAGCCUCCGACCUAG